AUGGCUGUAUCACAGAUGGAACAUAGAAAAGCCGCUGGCACCUCCAGAGCUGCCAGGCGGAGACGCUGGUGGCAUUUGAGACAGCGAUGGAGAAUGGUAGGGGUGUCUGAGGUCAACCCAGAGCACGAGUUCUACCAUCUGACAGCCAUGAUAAAAGAAGGCAUGCAUGCUUCCAUUCAGACCACUGUGGACACAUCAGGCCAGGAUACACCUGCAGCUGAACAUUUCAUGGCAGAGGAAACUCAAACCCAUAAGGGAUUUGAGAUGCAGACGUUUGCAGCCACAGUGUUUGCUAAACAGAGGCGUUCUCUGGAUAUUACAGAGGAGGAAUAUAUGAACUCCCUCUGCUCAGACGACUGCUACCUCCAGUUUGUCAGUAACUCCAAGAGCAAGGCAGAUUUCUUUGUCACGAAUGACAAAAGAUUCUUCCUAAAGACCCAAAACAAGCGUGAGGUCAGGUUUCUCCUGUCCAAUCUGCAGGCAUACAUGACCCACUUGGAGAAAUACCCUCAUUCACUGAUGGUGAAGUUCCUAGGUGUCCACAGGAUUGUUAUUCCUAAUCAAAUAAAGAAGUACUUCAUUGUGAUGCAGAGUGUGUUUUACCCUGAUGAGAGGAUCAAUAUUAGAUACGAUAUUAAAGGGUGUGAAGUGGGUAGAUGGACUAACCCUGACACAGGAGGGAAGCAAAUAAUAAAAGUGCUGAAGGACAAUAACUUUGAAGGGCAUGACAUUGCAUUAGGUCAACAGAAGUCUUGGUUUGCCCAUCAAGUAAAAAUGGAUGCUGCCUUCCUUCAAGAGCUGAAUGUGCUGGACUACAGUCUCCUGCUGGCCCAUCAACCUUUGCACAGAGAUGAGCUGGAAGGGAAACACUCAUUGGCAAACCUUGUUAUUCGCACCACAAAGUCUGUGGACUUGCAGGACAGUCCCUCAGAGUCAGACCCCAACACCAUUCCUUUACUGAAAGAGACCAUGGGUGAGGUGACACCAGAUACUACAGACUGUGGGUCAGGCCAGCUACAGGCAGCUGCUGAGGGCACUGGUCAAGGGAUUCCCCUCCAGGAGAUAAACUACCCCGCUAAAGAAACCUGGACUGUCUCUGAACUGCAGGAAUUCCAUGAGCAUCAUCGCAGGCUAUUGCCAAACUGCAAAAAUGGCAUUCAUGUGAUCGACGGGCCAGACAGUCGCUACUUUGUGGGCAUUAUAGACAUUUUUACUGUCUACGGCUGGAAAAAAAGACUGGAGAAUGUGUGGAAAACCCUCCGCUACCCAGGCAGGGCCUUUUCCACAGUCAGCCCCACCAAGUAUUCACACAGAUUCUGCCAGUGGAUACAGGAACACUCGCAGUGACAAAAUGCAGAAAGAGUUCAUCAGAACACAAUGAGCUGCAUCCAGUGGACAUCUGGGUUACGCAACCAUUGAUUGAUUGCAACCAGUCAAUAAGUGCUGAUGCUGAAAGGGACUGUCUGCAUGUUUCUAUAGAAGUUGUAGCCUUCUAUGCAACUUCAGGCCAGCUUGUUGCAUAGGUAUUAUAAACAAAUGCUAGGGGUGUACUAGGGGCUGGGCUAAAUUAAUAUAUAGACAAAUAAAUUAUACAAGUACAUAACACCAUUGCAUUGAUGUGUGCAGAUUGUACAGAAGCACUCCCCAUGUUGUUGGAUUUCCCCCUGCUCAAACCAAUCUUUCAAGUCUUCCAGUUGAGUUUGCUUCUUUUUCAUUAUUAUACAAUUGUAUGUUAUGCAGUGGAAAUUUUACAUAGAAAUACAUC